AUGGCGGAACCCAUUUCUGCUAGAGCGUUCGCACGGCUAUUGGAAAAGUAUGGAGUUCAUCAUAAAGUGACCACCCCGUACCAUCCACAGUCGAGCGGGCAAGUUGAAGUGUCCAACAGGGAGAUUAAAAGUGUCCUUACAAAAACAGUGAAUGCAAUAAGGACCGAUUGGGAAAAGAAGCUGGAUGAUGCAUUGUGGGCGUACCGUACAACCUUCAAAACUCCAAUUGAGCUCGAGCAUAAAGCACUUUGGGCAUUGCGGCAGUUGAACUUAGACAUGGAGACAGCAGGCACUAACAGAGUCACUGGGUUACAUGAGCUAGAGGAAUCCAGGUUCCAGGCAUUAGAGAGUGCUAGAUUAUACAAAGAAUGA